GUUCUCAUCGACAACGUCAAAUAUGCCUGUGCGACAUGCAUCAAGGGUCACAGAUCCUCAAGCUGUACGCAUGAAUCAAGGCCACUCUUCGAGAUCAAAAAGAAAGGUCGUCCAGUGACUCAGUGUAUCCACUGCCGCGAGCUUCGCAAGACCAAGCAGGUUCACGUCAAAUGCCUGUGUGAAGUCAAGCCAGAUCCA